AUGACAAAUAAUAGUGGUAAUUCCAUUAAAACAAGACCUAAAAAUAUAGAUGGUGAUGCAGAAGAUUCAACACGUUCAGAAAAGAAACCAGUUGUUUAUGUUGAAGAUCCACCAACCCCACCAAGAUGGCUUUCUUAUGAAUUCAUAUUUUAUUAUAUAAUAAUUGUUAUUGGUUAUAUUGUUGUACUUAAAAUGUUAUUAACAAGAUCAAAUGAAUAUAAUGAUGGAUUAAAAGAAAAUAAAGGUAUUGUUGAAGGUUGGUUUUUAGGUAGAAAACAAGAUUUAUCAGAUACACAAUAUAAGAUAUAUAGACAAAAUUUCCCAUUACUUUCAAUUGGUUUAUCAAUUUUCUUAUUCGUUAGUGCUUCUAUUCGUAAAAACUUUCCAGAUAAACCAUUUGUUAGAAUUUUAUUUUAUAAUAUUAUAUCAUUAGGAUUUUUAAUAUUUGUACAUGGAUCAUCAACAAUUAUUGUAUUAGGUAUUGCAAUUAUUAAUUUUAGUAUUAGUAGAAUUUUUGAAAGAUCAAAGAUGUUACCAGCAGUUACAUGGAUUUUCAAUUUAAUUAUAUUAUGGACAUGUUACAUUUAUGAAGGAUAUUCAUUCAAAAGUUUAUCAGGAUUAUUGGGUGAUGAAACUUGUGUUUGGUUAGAUAGUCAUAAAGGAUUCCUAAGUUGGGAGACAUAUUUCAAAGUUAGUAUGUUAAGAUUCAUUAGUUAUAACAAUGAUUAUUAUUGGGCAAAAUCAAAGAGACCAGUGGUCGACCUUAAGGGAAAGAGCGCCUAUUUCAUAGCACAAGAACGUCAUCAACCAAUGGAACAUUACUCAUUCUCACAUUUCCUUGCAUACAUUUUCUAUAUACCAUUGUAUAUUGCAGGACCAAUCACAACAUUCAAUGCAUUCACAGCACAAGUUUAUAACCCACAAAAGACCUACUCUUUCGGUGAUUUGGUUAAAGCAAGUAUAAAGAUACUUUUGGUGUUUUUGGGACUUGAGAUCUGCCUACACUAUUGUUAUUAUCAUUCAUUCGAUAAGAGUGAUGUAUGGAUGACAUUCACCGGUGCAGAGGUUGCAUUGACCGGUUACUUGGUAUUGAAUUUCAUGUAUGUAAAAUUCUUAAUCAUUUGGAGAACCUUUAGAUUGUUUGCCUUGUUUGAUGGUAUCGAUACACCAGAGAAUAUGAACCGUUGUGUCAAUAAUAACUAUACAUUCACUGGCUUUUGGAGAUCUUGGCAUGGCGCUUUCAACAAAUGGACCAUUCGUUAUCUUUACAUUCCAUUGGGUGGAAAGAAAACUCAAUUCGUCUCAAUUUGGAUCAUCUUUUUCUUCAUUGGAUUAUGGCAUGACCUUUGGUUAAGUUGGAUUGCUUGGGCCCUCUUAAAUUGUGUUUUCUUCUCAAUUGAAAUUGGUAUCAUGUUUUAUUUCUAUCAUCCAAAACGUUUACCACUCCGUCGUAAAUGGUAUUGGAGAUUCAUGGUUGCCAUUGCUGGUACUUUCAAUAUCUUUUUAUUAAUGGUUGCAAAUUUGGCUAUCCUCCAUGGUUUCGAAAAUUCAAUUAUCUUUAUUCACAAUGCUUUCUUUGUACCUGGUGGUCCAACCGCUUUCAUUUUAGCUUAUUCUUGGUUAUUCUGUGGUAUUAUGGUAAUGAUUGAACUACGUGAAUCUGAAAAACGUUCAAAAGAAAUUAAACCAUUUUAA